CGCGGCGGGCCAUGGUGGCCGGCGGGGCGAUGGUGGCCGGCGGGCGGGCGCGGAAGCUGGUGCGGCGCUACCGGCUGGCGGCCGCUACGGCUCUCGCCAUCCUCCUGCUCCAGGGGCUCGUCCUCUGGAGCUCUGCCGGCCUCGAUGAGGAGGGCCUGGCCGAGGAGCGGCAGAAAAAAGCUGGGUUUCCUGAGAGCAGUGAUGGCUCCAAGGACUCCGACAGCUCUGCUGGGCGCCGGAGCAGUGCCAGCCGGAAGCAUGGCCGAUGGCGGGGCCGGCUGGACAGCCCUGGGGUCGUGGUGUCCAAGGUGAUGAGAGCUGUCACGGCCAGGCACAAACCAGGAUGGAGGCUGCCGGCCAUGCUGGAUUCCUCCAGCCACAGGAACCUGACAGAGCUGCGUGGGGAGGCCCACCUGGCCAUAUUCCAGCAGGGUGACACCGGCAGCGUGGAGGGGGCUCCCCAGCCCACUGAGAACAGCUUCACCCCCAAGUGCGAAAUCACGGGCAAAGACGCCCUGUCGGCGCUGGCCCGGGCCAGCAGCAAACAGUGCCAACAGGAGAUCGCCAACGUGGUGUGUCUGCACCGGGCUGGCAGCCUCAUGCCCCAGUCUGUGCCUCGCCACUGCCAGCUCUCAGGCAAGGUCAGCCCUGUGAUCCAGUGGGACGAAAGCCGGCUGCAGCAGGGGCCCCCCAGCAAGCCUGUGCGCAUUGCCUACAUGCUGGUGGUGCAUGGCAGGGCCAUCCGCCAGCUGAAGCGGCUCAUCAAGGCCGUGUACCACCAGCAGCACUUCUUCUACAUCCAUGUUGACAAGCGCUCCAACUACCUCCAUCGUGAGGCUGUGGAGCUGGCCCAGCACUACCCCAACAUCCGUGUGACACCCUGGCGCAUGGUGACCAUCUGGGGAGGUGCCAGCUUGCUGAAGAUGUACCUGCGUAGCAUGAAAGACCUGCUGGAACUGUCUGAGUGGCCCUGGGACUUCUUCAUCAACCUGAGUGCCACUGAUUACCCCACAAGGACCAAUGAUGAACUGGUGAUGUUCCUGUCCAAAUACCGAGAUAAGAACUUCCUGAAGUCACAUGGCCGAGACAAUGCCAGGUUUAUCAAGAAGCAGGGCCUGGACCGCUUGUUCCACGAGUGUGACUCCCACAUGUGGCGACUGGGCGAACGCCACAUCCCCGAGGGCAUCGUGGUGGACGGGGGCUCUGACUGGUUCUCGCUGACACGCAGCUUUGUGGAGUAUGUGGUCUAUGCUGAGGACCAGCUCGUGUCCCAGUUGCGCCAGUUCUACACCUACACCCUCCUGCCAGCUGAGUCCUUCUUCCACACGGUCCUGGAGAACAGCCAUGCCUGUGAGACGCUGGUCGAUAACAACCUCCGAGUGACCAACUGGAACCGGAAGCUGGGCUGUAAGUGCCAAUAUAAACACAUAGUCGACUGGUGCGGGUGCUCCCCAAAUGACUUCAAACCCCAGGACUUCCUUCGGCUACAGCAACUCUCCAGACCCACCUUCUUUGCCCGCAAGUUUGAGUCGACGGUGAAUCAGGAGGUGCUGGAGAUCCUGGACACACACCUCUACGGCAGCUACCCUGCCAACACCCCGGCGCUCAAGGCCUACUGGGAAAACGUCUACGACCGUGUUGAUGGGCUCAGCGGUCUCACCGAUGUCACCCUCACCUUCUAUACAGCCUUCUCCAGGCUGGGGCUCCACAAAGCCUCAUCCACGCCGGCAGCCAAGACUGACAAGCUCUGCAGAUUUGAGCCUCAAGGCUUCCCCUCCAGUGUGCACUUAUAUUUCUAUGAUGACCGUUUCCAGGGUUACCUGGUGAUGCAGGAAGUGCAAAAUUUGGCAACUGGGCAGACAGAAUCCUUGGAGGUGUGGAUGAUGCCCCAAGGAGCUCUGAAGCUGUCAGGUCAUGGAGGGCAGGCAAACCGCUUGCAAAACCUAGAGGUGGGCACAGAGUGGGACCCCAAGGAAAGACUCUUCCGCAAUUUUGGAGGCUUGAUGGGGCCUUUUGAUGAGCCGGUGGCCAUGCAGAAGUGGUCACGGGGCCCCAACCUGACGGCCACGGUGGUAUGGAUUGACCCCACCUAUGUCAUUGCCGCCUCCUACGACAUCACGGUGGAUGCUGAGGCAGAGUUCACCCAGUACAAGCCCCCCCUCAACCACCCCCUGCGCCCUGGCAUCUGGACCAUCCGCCUCCUCCAGUUCUGGGAGCCUCUGGGGGAGAACCAGUUCCUGGUGGUGCCUCAGACCUUCAACCGCAAGCAGCCUCUCAGGAAAGAUGACAGCAACUGGCUGCAUGGUGGCCCCCCCCGCAACGAGUACAUGGACCAGAACUUCCAGGGCCUGGGCGGGAUCCUCAACCUGCCACGCUCCGAGGCGGCAGAGGAGGAUGCCGUACAGAAGGCACAGCUGACGGGCAAGGAGCUGGAAGACUGGGCAGAUGCUGCCAUCAGCACCUUCUGGUCCGCAGCGAAUGUCUGUGUCAGCAGCUCCUCUGCCUGCACUUCCAUGGAGACCUGCAGCAAAACCUCCUGGAGCUCCCUCUCCCCAGACCCCAAAUCAGAACUGGGGCCCGUCAAACCUGACGGGCGGCUGAGGUAGCAGGAGCAGCCAGAGGGUAGCCUUGGGAGCAGGGAGCAUCUUCUGUUUCUGAUUUGGGGGGUGUCUCUGGACCACAUCACCCUGUGCCAUUUGCACCGUAGUCACUCAAGGAAGAGAAAAUGGGAACCUCCAGGCAGGGGAAGACCUCCUGUGGGGUAUUUUGGGCAGAGGGAGAGACAUGAGGUGGGUCUUGCCCAUCUCUGUAGGACUGAGUCCUUGCUGGACAGGGAGAGGGUGCUGGUGUGCCCAUGCCUGUGGGGACAUGGCAGGCACCUGGGAAAAGCUGUGUGUUUGUUACUCUAGGCCUUGGAGCUUAAGGAAAGGGUGAUGUGGGAGGGAGGGAUGGCUGGUGAGUUGGCAGGCUCUGGACCAGCUCAGCAUCCUGCCCAGCCCCAGACUAGAACUUGGCAGGAUGGGCCCUUGUUGCUGGCUGCUGCCCUGGUGGGCUGAUGAGGGACUGGGGAUAGGCAGAAGCAGAAUGAGUCAAAACCUGCCAUGUGCACGGAGCUGCUGCUGGUUUAGGGUUUACAUCUCAUCCUUUCCACCCCAGCCCUUUAGUUUGUAUUUUUAUAAAUAUAUAUAUAUAGAAAUA